AUGGACCGCUUCCGCCUCGACGGCGUGGACCAGGACGGCGUGGACACGGUGGAGCCCAUGCGGCCGAGCUCCUUCGACAUGACCUUCUCUCUGGGCAGCUACCCGAAGGCGCAGGGCCUGAGUCGGGACGGCGACCCGCAGCAGAGCAACCAGGACGACAACAACCUGGACCUUGAAGACCGGAGGACGGGCCGCGGCGAGAAGGGCCGCCUGCACGUGGACGAGCUCAUGGACAGCACGCGCUCCAUGAAGCUGGACGGCAGCGGCCUGGGCUCCUCGUCGUCUGGUCUCAAGAGACACACUGCCUCUGCGGGCUCGCCCGCGUCCUCGCAUGCCAACAAGGACGUGGCCAACAUCGCCUUCCGUCUGGAGGAGAAGGCCCACGAAGCCAUUGACUUCACCAAUCUAUGCGGUAGAGUGACGUGGAAACUGGCCAAGAAGACGCAGGACGUGCAUGUGUACAGACCCGCGAGCCUCCCUGCUGAGGAGGACGCGUCCGCCAAGCUCUACUUCCGCGUGUCGUGCGAGGUCAAAGCGCAUCUCGGGACGAUCAUGGAGUAUUUGUCGCCCAGCAACUCGAGGAGCUACUUUGAUAUUGAGUCGCAGGUGUUUCCUGGGUUGCUGCAUGCUGCAGUCAUUAAGCGGAUGGAGUUGCCCGAACGCGCGCCGUCGACAAUGUCGAACUCCGGACAGACGCUGUUGUUCCCGUCUGGCGCCUCCGCGACGACGACGGCUAGCGGCAGUCACGAGGACACGUCGAGUGUGGAUGAAGACUCGAGUGACUCGUUUCCGCAACUGCAAGUCAAGUGGCACGCGAGCAGAUUCGCUGGGCGGUUCGUGAAGCCAAUUGACUUUUUCUUUGUUGAGUACGCCAACAUUGAAGCCAUGGCCGAUGGACGGAAACGAGGAUAUGGCUACAUUCGGUCAGUAGAGUCGUUUAAAGGCGACGAGCUCGCUAUUCGACUCGCCGGUGAAGAUGUUGCGAUCCCUCCCAGUGUGGCGAAGUGCAAGCGCGCUGUGAUCAACAAGGGUGUUUACGUAGUUUCGCCCUCGAAUGACGCGUCAGGCACGUACGAAGUGAGCUGCAUGAUGGUCAUUGACUUCCAGAAGCAAUUCGCCAGCGCCGUGGGGGCGAAGAUCAUACACAACUUCACGGAGCGACUCAUUGGCAUCCGCGAGCUACUAUUCAACACGCUAUUCCGACCCAUUGUGGUGCUUCCAAAGAACGAGUGGAAAGCAGCACGUGGCAACAAGUGCGCGAUUUGUAUUUGCUCCUUCUCGAUCGUCAAGUCCAAGCACCACUGUCGGGCCUGUGGCGAGGCAGUUUGCGGGCAGUGCAGUCGUAAAUGGACUCUACAACCUGGUGCCCAACCCGACACCCAGGCGCGGCUAUGCACGAGCUGCUCGCUACAGGCAAGGAGCUACCUCAUGCCCAAUGGAGAACCAGGCCGAUCGCCUGCUGGUGCUGCUUCUUCACGCUUCUCAUCCGUGAUUAACGACUUCACUACGAGCCAGCUUGCUGCUAGUCGCUCUGCACACGUACCCAGGAUGGCGAAUGUGUACAAGUGCGAUGUGCAAGUUGCCAGUACGGUGUCGAACGAUUCGGACACUUUUGCUGCCGCUACGUCCGCGUUUAGAAAACUUGUGAGCGCGUUGGGUGAUCAAACUCCUCACUUUAUGCUGGUGUCAUACUCUCAUCACCAUGGUGGUGCAGCGGUGUAUGAGGCGCUAGCACAUGCCGCUCCUGAUACGCUUUUCAUGGGCGGCACAUCAAGCGGUGGCGUGUAUGUUGGUGCUUCCUCGCCAGCGUUGGGCAUGAGCAUGAGCAAGAGCAGUAGCAACAACUCCCGGCACCGACAACACAGCAACACAGCAACUCACGGACCAACCGUGGGGCUGUGGGGUAUCUACGACCCGGAAGGGUCCUACGCAAUCCUGAAUGCCGACUUGGACCGUGAAACCCCUAGAGAUGCUGCUCGGAGAUGCCUGUUGGAUGGUAUGGGAAUGCUGGCGAUUGAGCCUGAGGAGAGCCCCGACUUCGUGUGGACUGUGAUGGGAGGCGGGGUUGAAACGUAUGAUGUUGACGAGGAUCGGGACGGAGAGGAAGAGCAAAUUACUCGGGCGGUCAAUGAGAUCGUCGACUGCUCCUACUCGGUCGUCGGUGGCAGCUCGUCUCGGAAUUUCAAGAAAAGUCGUGAACGCGCAACGCAGUUGUGCUCGGAGGGCGGCAACGUGGGCUGCGUGACGAAGCACGGUGUGUGUUUUGCUAUCUGCUGUCCAAGUGUGGAGGUUGCGCACGCGUUGUUCACGUGCUACGAUGCAACGGACAAGAGCUUCGUCGUCACGAAGGCAAGUGGCCGCGACCUGUUUGCUCUGGACCACAAGCCUGCAUUGGAGGCCAUCAACGAGGCGACUCAUGGCAUGUUGACCGAGAUGACGCAGCGACCAGACAAAUUCAACCUCGAGUCAAACUUGCUGCCUGCGUACUACCCAGUUGCGCGUGAGCGGCGCGGUGCAGUACCUCGAGGUAUCAAGCGGAACUGCUCACGGUAUCAGAUGCUGCAGCCGGAGACAUCGGCGCGGGACCUCUCGCUUCACUUGGGUGCCGAGGUGCGUCUAGGUGAACGUCUGCACAUGAUGGCGCUUUCGCCACGGGGCGUGGCUCCCAAGGCACGGCGCGGACUGCGGGACGCCGUUCGGAUAUCCAUCCCAACCAUGGAUCUCCAGGAUGUCAUCGGGUGCUUCCUCAGCGUUGGCAUGAGCUACGACCGCAUUCUACAGGGUGACUUGAAUGCAGUCGCUGAUGCCACAGGAAGCGCUUUCCCUCAAGGAGCCUCGCUGCUGUCUGUCUCGCAUGGACAACAGGGUGUCAUGACCGGCGCGAACGAAGUCAUUCACGCGAACAGCAUGCUGACGGCUUUGAUCAUCACGAACCGCAAGAAGUCGCAGAAGCUCAACCCGCUCCGGCCGCUGAAUGUUCGGAGAACAACCACCACCUAA